AUUAAAAGUAGGUCUUUAUGCCCUUCUAUAACACAUCAAGUAACCAUCAACUCCUUGACCUGCCACUCUCUGUCUUCCUUAUAUAAUCACCCGCUCCCUUCUCUUGGCUGCUCAUCGCCUUUCAAAAUCUCCAUUUGUGUUUCUUCAAGCACAGAGAUCAUGGGGAAGGAGAAAUGCAAUCAGGCCUCAAUGUUGAUGUGGGUUUUAGUCGCUGCAGGUUUGCUUUGCCAAAACUUGGUCACUGUUCCUGUAAUGGCUACAAACUUUGAAGAUCAAAAGAGCUUCUUCCCAUUCCCAGACCCAAAUCCAAGAAGUCCCCCUACAGAAUCACACGGAAGCCCUCCCCAUGGAAGUGGUAGUACUCCAUCACAUGGAGGUGGAUAUGGUGGCACACCACCCGCCCACACAACCCCAUCCCCGUCCCCAUCCCAUGGAAAUUGUGGAACUCCACCAAGUGUGCCUACUCCAUCAAAACCUUCAAAUCCUCCAAGCGGUCGUGGACACCACCACUCUCCUCCAAGCACUGGUGGCUCCCACCCCUCUCCUCCGAGCUCUGGUGGUAGUCCUCCAACACCGGUCAUCGCGAACCCACCAACACCAAGCACCCCUUUCGUUCCCUCGCCUCCAUUUAUUCCCGAUCCGAGUUCGCCAUUCACGUGCAAUUACUGGAAGAAUCAUCCUGGAUUAAUAUGGGGUCUCCUGGGAUGGUGGGGAAACCUAGGCAACGCAUUUGGAGUGACUAGCAUGCCAGGAUUUGGAGCAAGCAUGAGCUUGCCACUAGCACUCUCAAAUGCACGCACUGAUGGGUAUGGGACACUCUACAGAGAAGGCACUGCUUCCUUGCUCAACUCCUUGGUAAGCAGCAAAUUUCCUUUCACUACAAGGCAAGUCAGAGAGAGUUUCAAAACUGCACUCUCCUCCAACAAGGCUGCAGCUGCUCAGGGACAGCUCUUUAAGCUGGCCAACGAAGGCCAUUUCAAGCCCAGAAACUAACUAGUCACCAUUGAUUCCAGCAACCGUUUUAUAUUGUGGUGUGUGUGCUUACAAAUUAGAGUUUUUAUGUGCUGUAGUAUCUUCAUUUAUCUUCUCAUGUUCUUAUUAUAGACAUUGUUGAGCGAUUUGAAUGCUUAAUUUGGUGUUUUCUUAGUUAUAAAUAAGAUUGUGGCUUAUUUUGAGUUC